UGGAGCUGCCUACCCACUAGUGAAUACUGAAAAAGAUGGCUGAUAAUAUCCAGCUUCUCCUUGACAUGGGUUUUACUCGGGAAAGAGCUGAACAUGCUUUGUCAGUGACGGGUAAUAAUGGAGUUGAGGCAGCGGCAGAAUGGUUGCUAACUCAUAGUGAAGAUGAUGGGACUGGUUCUUCUAGUGGCCAUACUUUAGGAGCUUCUGAAUCAACGGGAGCUGAAGAUACAGCUCCAGCCUCCAAUCCUCCACAGCAACCACUGUCACUGAAAUGUGAUGAGUGUGGUAAGCUACUACGUAGCGAAAUUGAAGUACAGACUCAUGCUGCACGUAUGCAGCAUGUAAAUUUCUCCGAAUCAACAGAAGAGAUAAAACCACUCACUGCUCAAGAAAGAAAAGAGCAAGCAGAAAAGCUACAGGAGAAGAUAAAGCAGCGAAGAGCAGAGAGAGAAGCAAAAGAGAAAGAAGAAGACAAACAUCGUGAAAAGGUUCGGCGAAAGACUGGCCAGGAAAUGACUCAAAUUAGACACGAAAUGGAAAUGAAAGAAGCCAAAAAGAUAGCAGAACAAAAGAGGAGAGAAAAGAUGGAAGAACAGCUUGCCAGAAAGAAGGUUUUAGAUGAUAUUGCUCGCGACAGAGCUAACAGAGCUGAGAGAGACAGGGCAGAGAAGCAAAGUACACAGCCUAACCCUCCACCUCAUCAAACCGAGACUCAGACUGUGGCCCAGCCUAAAAAAGAAUAUGACACUUGCAAGCUACAGAUACGUUUAUUUGGUGGAAAGACUUUAGUUAAGACUUUCAAUGCAACGGAUGCAUUAAGUGAUGUCAAUGAGUACAUAGUGAAUAACAGAACUGAUGGUGAUGAACCAUUUGCACUAAUGACUACAGGAGUUGAUUCCAAUGACUCUGGAACAGGAAAGUUCCCAGUUGAUGGUUUAGAUGUAUGGCCUAUCAUAACAGGAGAGAAUGAAAAGACACAGCAUGAAGAGAUAGUGUUGGGAUAUGACUUUGGAGAUAAACAUCCUUCACAAGGAGCUAUAAUAAUGGACAACUAUAAGCUCAUAGUUGGUUUACAGGUUAAUGGUUGCGAUAGUUUGAUGUGGUCGCCAUUAGACUAUCCUUGUACCCAAGGCUCUAAAGGUUCCGAUUGUGAUCCACAUUGUCUGUAUGAUAUUAUUAAUGAUCCUUCUGAGAGGAAGGAUUUAUCAAAAGAAAAUCCAGAGAUUGUAAAAAAGCUUCUUGAUAAGUACAACGCUUUUUCCAAAGAGCCAAGAGAUAUGCAAGAUCAAGGAUACCAUACUUCCUCUACUUUACCAGAGGACCCUAAUGCAUGUAAAUUUAUGACAGCUAAUGGUGGGUAUUGGAGACCAUGGAAAAACCUGUAA